AUGACAUCAGAGGACCUCUUAAACACUCUGGAAGAUUUAGGAGAUGAAGAGUUUGAUAAAUUCAAGUGGUUCCUGCAGCAUGGUGAUGUCCUUCGGGGGCGCCUUGCCAUCAGAAAGAGCCGUCUGGAGAUGUCAAAGCGACUGGAAACUGUGGACCUGAUGACACAAACCUAUGAACUCCAAGGAGCUUUGGAGGUGACCAAGGUGGUUUUAGAGAGAAUUAACAGAAAUGACCUGCUGCAGAGUUUUUCUGUCAGCAGCCCAACAACCGAAGAUAUGAUGGUUCCAGUACCAGAGCCACAUCCCAUCACAUUUUACCAGCAGAUGCUUCAGUCAAAUUUCCAGGAUAAAUUUUUGGGUGCAGAAGAAGAGUGGGCAAAAGACACACAGCAUCUGGCUGAUAUCUACACAGAGCUGUACAUCUCAGCCAGGUGUGGCGCACAUUUCCGCACACAGCAUGAGGUCCGAACGUUAGAAAAGGCAUGGAAGCCAGCAGAAGCAGAGAAAUCAAUUCAACCCACAGACAUGUUUGAACAUCCUUCUGGGGAAUCCAAACCCAUCAAAACAGUGAUGACCAAUGGAAUCGCAGGAAUUGGAAAAACUUUUCUUGUCCAGAAGUUUGUUUUGGACUGGGCUGAAAAAAGAUCCAAUCAAGAUGUGCAUCUGAUUUUCCCCUUCACCUUUCGUCAGCUGAAUCCUCUGAAGGGAGAAAAGUUCAGUUUGGCAGAGCUCAUUCAUGAAUGCAUCCCAGAAACUGUAGGCAUCCCACAGGAGGCUCUGAAUUACAUCUUUACAGAUGUUCAGUCAUCAGGAAUCACCAACUAUGACAACAGUAAAUUCAAACUUCUGUUUGUGUUUGAUGGGCUGGAUGAGAGCCGCCUUCAUCUCGACCUUCAUUCUGAAGACAUUCGCUCUGUCGACGUAACAAAGGCAACAGAAACAGAUGUCCUGCUGAGGAAACUCAUCAAUGGAAAACUGUUAUGCUCUGCUCGCAUCUGGAUAACCACACGGCCUGCUGCGGCCAAUCAGAUCCCCCAAGAGUUUAUAAACAGCAUCACAGAGGUCAGAGGGUUCACUGAGCCCCGGAAGGAGGAGUAUUUCAGGAAGAGAUUCAAAGAUGAGGAACAGGCCAACAGGAUUGUCACCCACAUCAAAACAUCACGAAGUCUCCUUAUCAUGUGUAACAUCCCAGUCUUCUGCUGGAUCACUGCGACAGUUCUGGAAGAUGUGUUGAAAACCAGAGAGGGAGGAGAGCUGCCCAAGACUCUGACUGAGUUGUACGCAGAGUUCCUGGUGUUUCAGAUUGAUCACACCAAAGAAAAGUAUGGCCCAGAGAAGAGCAUUCAGUACAUUAAGUCAUUAGCAAAACUGGCCUUUCAGCAGCUGGAAAAGGGCAACCUGAUCUUCUAUGAGAAGGAUCUGAGAGAGAGCGGCAUUGAUUUCGUCUCAGCAUGUGGAGGGGUUUCCACAGAGAUCUUUAAAGAGGAGCGAGGGAGGAAAGGGAAAGACAAAAUGUUCAGCUUCGUCCAUCUGAGUGUUCAGGAUUUUCUGGCUGCUUUUUAUGUGAAGAUGUCUUUAAUAAACAGCAACAAAAAUGUGAUGCCUUUACCACCAAUGUCUCUGAAAAACCUUCGACUCCUUUUAAGCAAAACAUCUUCGAAGAAGAUCCACAGGAUUUCCAUUGACAGGACCUUAAAGAGUCCAAAUGGAAGCCUGGAUUUGUUCCUUCGCUUCCUUCUGGGUCUUUCACUGCAGACCAACCAGGAGAAACUACAGAACCUGUUGAUCAAGACGGACAGUAACCCACUGGCCAAUCAGAAAACAGCCCAGUACAUCAAGAAGAAGCUCAGUGAGAAUCUGUCUCCAGAGAGAAGCAUCAAUCUGUUCCACUGUCUGAAUGAGCUAAAUGAUUCUUCUCUAGUGGAGGAGAUCCAACAGUCCCUGAGAUCAGGAAGGCUCUCCACAGAAAAACUGUCUCUUGCUCAGUGGUCAGCUCUGGUCUUCAUCUUACUGUCAUCGGAAGAAGAUUUGGACGUGUUUGAUCUGAAGAAAUACUCAGUUUUUGUUUCAGAGGAUGCUUUUCUGAGACUGCUACCAAUAACGAAAGAAGCCAGCAAAGUUCUGUUGAGUGCAUGCAAUCUGUCAAAGAGAAGCUGUUCAGCUCUAUCCUCAGCUCUUAGCUCUCAGCCAUCCAGCAUUCGAGAACUGGACCUGAGUAACAACGACCUGCAGGAUUCAGGAGUGAAGCUGUUGUCUAUUGGGCUGGGGAGUCCAAGCUGUAGACUGGAGAAACUCAGCCUGUCAGGCUGUAUGAUCUCAGGGAAGGGCUGUACUUCUCUAGCCACAGCUUUGAGAGCCAACCCCUACCAUCUGAGUGAGCUGGACCUGAGCUACAACCAUCCAGGAGACACCGCCACCAAGCUGCUUUCUGCUGGAGUGGAGCAUCAACACUGGAAGCUUAAAACUCUCAGGCUGGAGCAUGGUGGAGAGCAGAGGCUGAAACCUGGUUUGAAGAAAUAUUUCUGCGAACUCACUCUGGACACAAACACAGCCAACAGAAGCCUCAAGCUGUCUGACAACAACAGGAAGGUGACGGCACUGUCGACGCAGCAGCCUUAUGCCCAGCACGCAGAGAGGUUCGACAUCUGCCUUCAACUGCUGUGUAAGCACGGUGUGACUGGUCGCUGUUACUGGGAGGUGGAGUGGAAAGGAGUGGUGGAUAUCGCAGUCAGUUACAGAGGAAUCAGAAGGAGAGGAGACAGUGUCGACUGCAAGUUUGGAUGCAACGGUCAGUCGUGGAGUCUGAUGUGCUCUGAUGUUGAUCACUACUCAGUGUGGCACAACAACACAGGGAAAGACAUCUCCUCGUCCUCCUUCUCCUCUGUCUCUAACAGAGCAGGAGUGUAUGUGGACUGGCCUGCGGGCACUCUGUCCUUCUACAGGAUCUGCUCUGGCUCAAAGACCCUCCUCCACACCUUCCACACCACAUUCACUGAACCCCUUUAUCCUGGGUUUGGGUUCUGCGCAUUGUCGUUUGGUUCUGUGUUUCUGAGUUCUCCGUAG